CGCUGGACCGGAAGUGUUGUUGUAGUCAGCGUGCGGUUAGUUUCUGUAUGUGUCAGAAGAAUGAAUUAGUACAAUUAAUACAUAAUAAGCAUAUAUAUUUUAAUUAAAUCGUAAGAGAAAAUAUGGCGGCGAAACGCAAAGCUGAUUUAUCAGUGCCUGCGGAGGAAAGUGAUCAGCUCCUCAUCAGACCACUUGGAGCUGGGCAGGAGGUGGGAAGGUCAUGCAUCAUUCUGGAGUUCAAGGGACGGAAAAUCAUGCUGGACUGUGGAAUCCACCCAGGGUUAGAAGGAAUGGAUGCUCUUCCAUAUAUUGACUUGAUCGAUCCUGCUGAGAUCGACCUGCUUCUUAUCAGCCAUUUCCACUUGGACCACUGUGGAGCCUUGCCUUGGUUUCUCCAGAAGACCAGUUUCAAAGGAAGGACCUUCAUGACCCACGCCACCAAAGCUAUUUACCGAUGGCUGCUGUCUGAUUAUGUCAAAGUCAGUAACAUCUCAGCCGACGACAUGCUGUACACAGAGACAGACUUGGAGGAGAGCAUGGACAAGAUCGAGACCAUCAACUUUCACGAGGUGAAGGAGGUGGCCGGCAUCAAGUUCUGGUGUUACCAUGCCGGUCACGUCCUGGGGGCAGCCAUGUUCAUGAUCGAGAUAGCUGGCGUGAAGAUCCUCUACACAGGUGACUUUUCCCGACAGGAGGACAGGCAUUUGAUGGCAGCCGAGAUCCCCAGUGUCAAGCCUGACAUCCUCAUUACUGAGUCCACGUAUGGAACACACAUCCAUGAGAAGAGGGAGGAGCGGGAGGCCCGGUUCUGCAACACAAUCCAUGACAUCGUCAACAGAGAGGGCCGCUGUCUCAUCCCCGUGUUCGCCUUGGGCCGAGCCCAGGAACUGCUGCUCAUCCUGGACGAGUACUGGCAGAACCACCCAGAGCUCCAUGACAUUCCCAUCUACUACGCGUCGUCUCUGGCCAAGAAGUGCAUGGCCGUCUACCAGACAUACGUCAACGCUAUGAACGACAAGAUACGCAAGGCCAUUAACGUCAAUAACCCCUUUGUCUUCAAACACAUCAGCAACCUCAAGAGCAUGGACCACUUUGAUGACAUCGGGCCCAGUGUGGUGAUGGCCUCUCCAGGUAUGAUGCAGAGCGGUCUGUCAAGAGAGCUGUUUGAGAGCUGGUGCACCGAUAAGAGGAACGGCGUCAUCAUCGCCGGCUACUCUGUGGAGGGUACCCUCGCAAAGCACAUUAUGUCAGAGCCAGAGGAGAUCACCACCAUGUCAGGCCAGAAGCUGCAGCUGAAGAUGUCUGUGGACUACAUCUCUUUCUCAGCCCACACUGACUACCAACAGACCAGCGAGUUCAUCAGGGCUCUCAAACCCCCUCAUGUGAUCCUGGUGCACGGGGAGCAGAAUGAGAUGGCCCGUCUGAAAGCUGCUCUGAUCAGGGAGUACGAGGACAAUGACGAGGUCCACAUCGAGGUGCACAACCCCCGGAACACUGAGGCCGUCACACUCAACUUCAGAGGAGAGAAGUUGGCUAAGGUGAUGGGCUCCCUGGCUGAUAAGAAGUGUCAGCAAGGUCAGAGGGUGUCUGGGAUCCUGGUCAAACGCAACUUCAGCUACCACAUCCUCACCCCUUCAGAUCUGUCCAACUAUACAGACCUGGCCAUGAGCACAGUGAAGCAGACCCAGGCCAUUCCCUUCACUGGACCCAUCUCUCUGCUGGCCAGCCAUCUACGCAACCUGGCAGGGGAUGUGGAGGAGGUGGAGUCUGCAGAGAAAAUCACACUCAGGAUCUUCAAGAAUGUCACACUGGUGCAUGAAGCUGGCAUGGUGGUUUUAGAGUGGAUCGCCAACCCUCUGAAUGACAUGUAUGCUGAUGCGGUCACCACAGUGGUUCUGGAGGUCCAGUCCAACCCUAAAGCACAGAAAGUUAUGGAGCACAAGAAAGAAGGUAUAGAACUGGAUGUUUUCCAGCAGAGGCUGGAGAUUAUGCUUCUUGACAUGUUUGGGGAGGACUGUGUGGACUUCAAGGACAAUAAGAACCUGACAGUAACAGUGGACGGGAAUACUGCCUUCAUCUGCCCAGAGACCAGAACGGUGCAGUAUGAGGAGGGCAGUGCUGAAGAUGAGACCCUGAGAGAGAUGGUGGAGCUGGCUGUGCAGAGGCUCUAUGAUGCUCUCAACCCUGCCAUCUGAGGAGUCAUCCACCUCCUCCCCUCUCUCUCUCCCUGGACAGGCCGCCUGUCCCAGAAGCAAUAGGCACGGCCCAACACACCAGGGUUCCCAAACAGCAUCACCCAGAGGCACUUGCCCACUUUCCUUUACGGGCAGUGCAGUACUGACAUGGUCUAUAUGAAGAGUUUUCCAGUGCAUUAUUAAUUGAUAUGCAUAUGUUAGCCGGGUAAUGAUUACAGUGGAUAUAUUCUACAUGUUGUCCCAGUACUUGUAAUGUCUUGACAACAUUGCCCCCUCCGUUUCAUUGCUCUGUAAUUCUAGGUGCCUUGUCACAUAAAGGAAGAAUCUGUGUUUGGGAAAGUGUAGAUUUCACAGGAAUCAAACCUCCAUUGAGUUACGUUGAAUUCUCAACAUGUAGACUUUGUAUAUCUGCAUUAUGCAUUGACAAAAUUUGUUUUAAAUAAAGUAAUUAAGGACUGCUGGCCACAU